UCUUAUUCCAAGAUGGCGCUCCCGAUCAGGGGUAAUGUGAAAUAUCUCCUUCAAUUCAUUCAAAAGAGUCGUUCUCCAAAAAGACUAUUCUGCGCUGGACAAUGUGCAGACGGAAAGGUCCCUAUGCGAGAGUGGGAUGGAGAGAAAGAGGGAUGAUGGAGAGGGGGGAGACGAAGGAGGUGGUGGGAGCGGCAGGACCGAGGCCUGUUUUAGAGGAGCCUCCAGGUGGGCGUGUGUUCUCAGGAAUCCAGCCCACGGGUGUGCCCCACCUGGGGAACUACCUUGGGGCUCUGGAGAGCUGGGUGUCCCUGCAGAACCAGUACCCCUCAGUGCUCUACAGCAUAGUGGACCUGCACGCCAUCACCCAGCCCCAGGACCAAGCCCUGCUGCGGGUUAACAUACUGGACAUGGCUGCCAGCCUGCUGGCCUGUGGCAUCAACCCAGAGACAUCUAUCCUCUUCCAACAGUCACAGGUCUCUGAACACGCUGAACUGUCCUGGAUCCUAGGCUGUCUUACCAGUAUGCCUCGACUCAGACAUCUGCCUCAGUGGAAGAUGAAGAGUAAACAGAGGAAUGAGGGGAGUGUGGGGCUGUACACUUACCCCGUCCUGCAGGCUGCAGAUAUUCUCCUCUACAAGUCCACUCACGUCCCAGUAGGAGAAGAUCAGGUUCAACAUCUGGAGCUGGCUCAGGACCUGGCCCGCAUUUUCAACAACACCUACGGAGACUUCUUCCCUGAGCCACGUGCUCUGCUUAGCUCCACGCGGAAGGUGAAAUCCCUCCGUGACCCCUCCUCCAAGAUGUCCAAAUCAGACCCCCAGAAGAUGGCCACUGUCAACCUCACCGACUCUCCCGACGACAUCGUCCUCAAGAUCCGCCGCUCCGUCACAGACUUCACCUCUGAGGUGACAUUUGACCCUGAGGUUCGUCCGGGCGUGUCCAACCUGGUGCUGAUUCAUGCGGCAGUGGCGGGGUGCACAGUAGAGGAGGCAGUAGCGUGGGCCAAGGGGCUGGACACGGGAAAGUACAAACAGCUGGUAGCGGAUGCCGUGGUGCAGCGGCUCACACCAAUCAAGGAGGAGAUUGAGAGGCUGAGGGGGGACAGGGGGCACCUGGAGAGGCUGCUGGCCCACGGAGCCCAGAGGGCCAGGGAGCUGGCUGCACCUGUACUCAAGGAGGUCCGCCACAGAGUAGGCUUCUGCUGAGGGGAAAAGGGGGGAUCAAAUUGCCUGUUUUCUAUGGUUUGUCAAUUAAUUAAUUAAAUUUACUUCUGAAUAAUCCCAAUCCAGAAAGUGUGUGUGUGUGUGUGACUGACUGUAAGAUUGGCUAUGGUGCUUGACUAUGUGUUGUCAUUUAUGAGGCUCUGUGCCUUGUUUCAUAUUGCUGAUAAUGCUUUUUUUUAUUAUUUAAAGAAUAAAUAUGUGCAAUAUA